AUGCCAAACCAGUAUGAGGCUCUCGUCCAAGCCAAGCUUGAUGAAGCAACCCAAGAUAAAAGGAUCCAGCCGUGGAAGCUCAGCGUCAACAUCCAAGCAGCCGUUCCCUCUGAGGAAUGGGUCAAAGUUAACCCUACACGAGCGACAGAGUCUACAGUAGACGCUCGCGCCAACCUGUUCCCGGUGGGCGUCCUCCCCGUCGGAGGCGUUGAUGUCCGCACGAAUGCGUUCCCGGUUGGCAUUCUUCCAGUUGGAGGUGUCGAUGUCCGCACAAACGCGUUCCCGGUUGGCAUCCUCCCAGUUGGAGGGGUCGAUGUUCGAACUAACGCAUUCCCUGUUGGAAUACUUCCCGUCGGGGGUGUUGACGUCCGUACCAACGCUUUCCCCAUCGGAAUCCUCCCUGUGCUUAAGGGUCAGUCGUCGAAGCCUAGGGACGUAGAUCAGUAUGGGAUUACGCUGGAGAUAACGCCACAGCAUGUGGCCCUGGACCCCUUUUUGGGUAGCAAAUUCGUUUCCGAUAUAGCAGCUUCUAAAUAUGACAAUUUCUGGACAUCAAGAUUGAGCACUAUGUUAUAUCUCUUUGGCGUAUGAAGUCUAAUUAUACUGUGUAAACUUUGCUUAUCUGAAGAUAUCAGGUUCCACUGUAGCCACCUGUUAUGCGGCGUGGGAGUAUGUCAAACUGGAGCGUUAUGGUGAUUUUAUUUGCAUGUAAAGAAUUCAACUUGAAUAGUUGACUCACCGUUGACAGUGUGAAUGGCCUGAGAUAAAGUCCUACCUAUAAACGAAAGUGACUGAAAAAUCGUUGCUUUUUCAAUACCACGAUCAUUAUCACAUGCCAUUUUAGGAAGGCCCAAGCGCGUGGAAAACAUCGUAUUGAUGACUAAUGUCGUCCGCAACUCAUCGGAACGUUUCAGAACUUUAUCUCGACAUCAUCCUUAAUCGGCGGAUGAAGAUUUGCUGCCGCCAAAAGGCCGCACCAUGAGCCAGAACGUGAAAGGACCGACUUUGUCUUCCACUUCCUUCCAUUUCUCAUCCGGAUUCUCAGUUUUUGGGAUGU